AUAAUCUCAUCAUUGUCACGUCGCUUUUAAGUAUCCAUCUCCCAAAAAACCUCCCAGAAUUUCACGCCCUCCCUUUUGUUUCCUUUCGAUUCAAUUCCAUUGCCGCUUAGCAAUAGCAUGGUCAACCUCAUUUUCUCUCUCAUUAAUCUGCAACCUCUCCCUUUGUUUCCUCGUCAAGUCUCCAUCUCUCAAGCCCAGAAAACCCUAUUUGUCUACAUUUCUCGAGCCUAGACAAUUCCACUUGCCACUUCAAAUUUACCAUUAUAUAUAUAUGCACUUCAAUUUGCUGCCGCUACCUAGCUUAUAAUGUGGAUGAUGAUGGAUAGUAAUAGCGACGAGUUUAAGGCGGCGGCUGAUCCCCUCAUAGGGCGGAAGCUCCGGCCGCUGAUGCCGCGUCCAAUCUAUUCAACUCCUUCUUGCUGCUGCCUACGAAACCCUAAUAUCCUUUCAUGGAACCAUUCCACAAGUGAUCAUAUUCAUAAGAGAGAGGCGCCGCUGGUGAGCACGAGGUGGAACCCUACGCCGGAGCAGUUGCAGGCUCUUGAAGAAAUGUACAGACGCGGAAUCAGAACUCCCACGGCGGAGCAGAUUCAGCAGAUUGCGGCCAAACUCCGACGCUUCGGCAAGAUUGAAGGCAAGAACGUUUUCUACUGGUUUCAAAACCAUAAGGCCAGAGAGAGACAGAAGAAACGUCGUCAGCUUGACCAGCUGCUUGCCGCCAAAAAUACACCUCGACUGAGCAGGAGAUGUUUCGAAAAUGAACAUCACAGGAAGGUCCCUAUGCCCUCGAACUGCAGCACAGCUUCAGAGGAUUCUGCAUCAAUGCAUGGCGCAGUGAUUGCGGCAGAGUGUGGAUGGAAUCACAAGGAAUUGGGGGUUGCAAUUACAACAACACCAACAGCAGCAGGGAAUGGAUUGGAAUUGGAAUUGGAUUUGGAUUUAAACGCAGGAAAAGCUACUGGACAAGAAGAGAACACCAAACCCUAUGAAAAUCAAACUACUCUUGAGCUCUUCCCCAGCCCUACACCGCCUCCACAACAACUGCCUAUUACUUUUACCCCUACCCCUACCCCUACUCACAGCUUCAUCGAGUUUCUUCCCAUCAAAAACUGAAUCUCAUUUUCAUUCUCGUGUCUUCAACUGUAACAUUUGUACUCAUUUCUAGCUCUAGAUGUACCCAUGCAUGUUAAUUAGCUUUCAUUUACUUUGUGUUUGUAUCUAUCUAUCUGCAUCACAUAUUAACAUAUAUAUAUACCAACUUUA